AGGAGUUCCCGUGGCCUACAAACAUAUUCAGGUAUCCAAGGAUCCAGGAAGCAUCUCACUUCACUUCUUCUGGCUCCGGGAGAGAGAAGACAAGGAGGGCAACGUUGACUCAUUGAACAACGAGCAAUGAAAGAAGCAGCUAUGAAAGGGACCAGACCUUCCUUCACGCCAAGCAGCUUGUUGGAACAGCAGAGCUAAAUUCCCUCGGAGAAAUUUCCCAAGAAAGGGAUGGACAGUUUCAUCCGAAAACACUUGCAUUUCUUUCAUACGUUCUGGAACAAGUGUGUGCCCAACGGAGCCUCCAGUAACCGUUCUUUCGAUUCCUGGGAACCGAUCCCAGGAUCCCUACAUCCCACGCUGGAUCCUGACCGUGCUGAAGACAAAGCUUCCCUCCGGGGGGUGCUGUACAACUACACUGCCAGGAAUGCCGAGGAGCUGAGUGUGACUAAGGGGGACAAACUCCAUGUCCUCAAAGAGGACGGGGGUUAUGUCCUAGCAAGGCGCCUCUCUGGAGACAGAGUCACGGGCUAUGUUCCAACCAGCUACAUCAGCAGGAGCAAUGGGGAACCAGCCAGCCAUCAAUCUUGGUACAUAAGCGGAAUCACAAGAAAUAAAGCCAACCAGCUACUUCUCUCUCCCCCAAAUCACCACGGCUCCUUCCUUAUUCGGGACAGCGAGAGUAACAAGGGAGAAUACUCUCUGUCAGUUCGCAACCGAGGAAAAGUACGACAUUUUAGAAUCUUCUUGAAUCCCGCCGGAAGUUUUUACUUGGAAAAAGCUCAUGUUUUCUCGAGUCUGGAAGAGCUCCUUGCUUAUUACAAAGCCAACUGGAAUAUCAUUGAGUGCCCCUUAUCUCAGCCCUGCGUCCAGAAGAAGUCUUCGGAGAUGGAUCAGUGGGAACGUCCCCGGUCUGAAUUCCAGCUCUGGAGGAAGAUGGGCGAAGGAUGUUUUGGAGAAGUUUGGGAAGGAAUGUGGAAGAACACAGUGCCUGUGGCCAUCAAAAUUAUGAAACAAGCUGAUAUGAGGGACGACUUUGUCAAGGAGAUCCGGAACUUGAAAAGUCUGAAACACACAAGGCUCAUUAAACUUCUGGCGGUCUGUUCGAUGGGGGAGCCAGUUUAUAUCGUCACAGAGUUGAUGCGGAAGGGCAAUCUCCAUAGUUACCUCAACAGUGCUGGGGGAAAGGAAUUGACCACACACCACCUCCUCAGCAUCUCUUGCCAGGUGGCUGAUGGGAUGACCUAUCUGGAGGAACAACGUAUCGUCCAUAGAGAUCUCGCAGCAAGGAACAUCCUGGUGGGCGAUGACCUGGCUUGCAAAAUAGCUGACUUCGGCCUUGCCAGGCUCCUCAAGGAUGACAUUUACUCCACCACCAGUAAUGCCAUGAUCCCAGUGAAAUGGACAGCACCGGAAGCAGCCAUCUACCAGACCUACUCCCCCAAAUCGGAUGUGUGGUCCUACGGGAUCCUGCUCUACGAGGUUUUUAGCUACGGACAAUGCCCCUAUGAUGGGAUGAGCAACCAAGAGACCAUCCAGCAGAUUACUCGGGGCUACCGUCUCCCUCUUCCCAACAGUUGCUCCCCUGAGAUUUAUAGCAUCAUGCUCGAAUGCUGGAAAACCCACCCUGAAGACCGGCCAAGUUUUCUCAACUUGCGAGAUGCGCUCUUUUCGAUUUACAAAUGGGCACGUCACCCGAUCUCCUGAAGGGGAGGCACCUUCUGUGUCUUCUGCACCAACCGCCAGCCCUUCGUGCUCAACAGGCUAGUAGACGUUCUGCAGACCCUCCAGCUCAGAUUCUCUUGAGCCUGCAGGAACGUUUGUGCCUUUGAAGGUGGACUAUUUGAGCUCUUCAACCUCAGCAGGUGGAGCGGAGGUGGAGUUAUGGGUUCUACCUGUCCGAAAAUAGCUCACGAUAAGAGAUACUUUACAGCCAAGAGGUCACCGUGGAGAGAAACAGAACUGCAGCAUUUCCUUCCCCCGUGCAAAUUAUGGACUCUUCUUGCUGUAGGCACCCGAUGGCUUUCUUUAGUCAAUAAACAUGAACAAAUGUGUCGAUCUGAUUUCUUACACCGUGCAUAUUCCUGGUGCAUCGAUUAGGUGCAAUUUGAUCGGUCAAAAGUGGGUUGAAGAGUAAUGGAAUCCCACUCAGUGGAAAAAAAAGUCCCUGGGGAAAAAGAGUCCUAGCUUUAUAGUAUGUUUGUCUCUAUGUCUGAGGGUGGAAUGGGACAACUCAACUGUGUGGGACAACUUGCCACAGCCAACUCACAAGGCAACUUGCUGUGAGACAAUUCAGCAAUUCAAUUUAUUUAUUUAAAAUCAUUUAAAAAAUGUUUUAACUUAUGUCACUCACGUUUCAUUUUGUCCCUCCUUUCUUUAAUGCAUCCUUUCUUUAAUGAUUCUAUUCCACUAUUUCUUUGAUAUUAGUGUAACUCUUGUACCAUAGAGAGUCAUCCGUGGUGAGGUUGACAAAUUGGCCGUGGUGAAUUGCCAUAGAAUUGUAUAAGAGAGAGAGAAGUCCUUUUUAAUAAUAAUAAUAAUAAUAAUAAUAAUAAUAGUAAUAAUAAAGUU